AUGCAUUCUUACCAUACAUAUCCUGAUGACUAUUCGCCCAAAUUCGUUGCCAUUGGUAUCGAUUUCGGAACGACUUACUCGGGCGUUUCUUGGGCACGAUCUACCAAUCCCAAGGAAGUCAAUUCCAUCACCGGUUGGGCAUCCGAUGAUCAUCGCAAUCAGAACGAAGUCCAAGUGCCAACUCUCUAUGACAUUGAUUCCGGUAAAUGGGGCUUUGAAAUCACGCCUGAUAUGAAGCCCAUGAAGUGGUUCAAACUCCUGCUACUGAAAAACGAAGACAUCGCCAAAGAAGAGAUUCGCAACGCACCUCAACUCCAACAGGCCAGAGACAUCUUGUCUAGCUCACGGAAGAGACUUACGGCAGUACAGGUUGUUGGGUACUACCUGAAGAACGUAUGGGAUCACACCUAUACAGCUCUCAAGUCCAUGCUGGAUAUUGACAACCUACCCCUGCGUGUUGCCAUCACCAUCCCCGCCAUAUGGCCCGCCUAUGCACAGAGUGCGAUGAGAGAGGCUGCCAAAAUUGCGGGAAUCAUGAAGUACAGAGACAUUGGGGAAACGACUCUCAUACUCGUACAAGAGCCCGAGGCUGCCGCGUUGGCGAGUCUCUUCCAGAGAAACUCUUCUCCGGAGAUUCAAGAUGUCAUCAGCUACAAAGUUGUCUCUGAGCGCCCUUUCAAACUAGAAGAGUGUGUUCCUGGAUCAGGAAAACUGGCUGGCGCUUUCCAGAUUGACCAAGCAUUUGAAUCCUACGUCCGUGGUAAGGCUAAGCUGAAGAUCAGUUCUCUCAAGGACUUUGAUUACAAUCAGUUCAUUCUACGGGAGUGGGAACUCGGCGCAAAAAGAAGUUUCAGUAUUUCUAACGCUCAAGAGAACUAUCACCUUCACCCACCAAGUAAAGCCUACGGUACCCUUGCGCGGCUCAGACACAAAGAUACAUUGAUCAUCAGCAAGUAUGCUUUUCUCAUCACGAUCGAAUGGCAACAUACUGACGUGUCUGAAAAGUGA